AUGCCAGAUUGUCAUGGAAUGAUCAGUCCUGUGGAGGAGCCGGUAGACGAAGUCGUGUGUCGCUGGGACGCCUCUGACCUCGCCGCCCGUGCCUGUGUCCAGGUGGCGGCCCUGCAGGGGGACGCGCUGACGUCAUCGCCAGUGGGCGUCAACACCAAGUCGCCGCUGGCCAUCGCGCGCCACAUGUGGAGGCAGACGUUCCCGCUGUUCAAGCCGCCGUACCUGCUCUACACCGUCGUCGCCUGCUUCAUUCAGUUCGGGCUCUACGCCAGUUCCAACGGCUUCGUUAUCUGGCUGCCAGAGUUGCUGAACCGCAUGGGCCAGUACGGUGAGGCUUACCCCAACCACCCUGCCACUGUGUGUGACGUCAUCGCCGUGCUGGCGGGCCAGCUGCCACCACCAGUCACUGUGGAACUGCUCCAGGCCAACUACUCCAGUUUGAUGGAGAGCUCCACAGCAGCUGAGGAUGUGAUAGUCAGCAACUGGAAAGUAGAGCUCCUGAGCGCAGAGCCUGGAGCCAACUGGACUACCACCGUGCCGGACGCGAUGGCGAGCAACCUGACCAGCUGGGUCGGGGACGUCACCACUGGGGCUGCUUCCCUGGAACUGCCUCCAGCACUGGAGGUGUGCGUCGCCACAGUGAACCCAGUGAGCUUCCAGAAUACGCUCAUCACGGGCGCGGGCUUUGCUGUCAGCUACAUCGCCAUCAGCCCCAUUAUCAAAGUCGUCAGCAAGAAGACCAUCCUCGCGGUGUGCCUGACGGUGUCCGGGGCGUGCGGCGUGGCCGUUCUGUGGGCGCAGACCGACCUGGAGGUGCUGCUGCUGCCGAUGGCCUUCAUCGUGCUCUCCAGGAUGUGCGUGUCCGUCGUCAACCGUCCCCACCUAUCUCAGUACCACUAA